AAUGUCCAAAACACCCCUUGACUCAUUGACUCAUUGAAUCAAUCAGCUUUUGAUCUUAAGCUCAACCGAAUUGAAUAAACUGCCCGUUGGAAUCUGUCGGCACUAUUAGGAUUGCGCCACGUGUCCAGGCCAAGACAAAUUACUCCAAUGCAUGCCCGACGAUUGACGCCCUCUGGGUCCCACAAGGUCCCACUGGAUCCUUAUCCUGAAUCUCACCAUACAUAAAUAAAUAAAAAUAAAAAACCAAUAAAAACAGGAAAGAGGGUUAUAAAAAUAAAUAAAUAAAUAAAAGAAAAACGAGAAGAAAGAUGCAAAACCAAGGACACAUUUUUCUCCCCUGAAUCACAAACGAAAAAGCCUUCACCUUCUUCUCAUUUUCGCAGCUCAACAGUAAGAGUGCAGUCUAGGGUUUUGGUACCACAGAAACCAUGCGUACGGUACCAACACCGUGAGAAAUCAAUCAGAGCCGUCCGAUCGAUGUCAUCGCCCUCGUCGUCAGCUUUCUUCGUCAUCUGCCUCCUCCACUCUGCAAUAGCCAUAACCUGUGGGGCCCUUAUGAUGUUCUACAUGAUGGAAAUCUACACCUUCGGGCACGGGAUCGAGACUGCGAAGAAGCUGCUGGGGUCCACGCCCCACGACCAGCUCUUGAUUCGGACCUCUGAUUCCUUCUCCGGGUUGCUCCUGUUCGCGAUCGGGUUCUUGCUGCUCAUGGUGUCGUUCGUGAAGGAUCGCGAGUUCCAGAGCUUCUUCGCCAAAGGGUGCACGGUGCUGCAUGUUUUCAUGGCGCUGUGGCGAUGCUACUUCGAGCGGAGGGUGGAGGACCUCGCUUGGGAUUGGCUGAGGCAGACAGUCGGCGAUGUAGUGUUGGCAGCCUCUUGGGUUUUCUUCCUUGUUUUCUCAUGGAGAGAAAAGUACGACUAAGCCCCUCUUCUUCUUCAUUAUUUACGGCUUGUUUUCUUGUAUCUCAAUUUACCUUUUGGAUUAAUGGAUAUAAGUUAAAUGAUGAGAAAAUGUCAAAAUUGGGCCAGCUUAAGUGCUUCUGUUUAAUAUGGUUGCCUACAAGCUGGAAUUAGACUUUCAGUUUGCUUUUUUGUAGAAAGAGGCAAAAAAAAAGCUAUCUUCUUUUCGGUUUACUUAAAUCAUAUGUUAGUGGAAUAUUGUUAAUCUCUGAUGUAGAUAUUUACUUUUGUGGAUAAUGAAACACAUUAGUAUUUUGAUGCUAAUAAUUUCUGUUUCUUU